AUGGACGCAGGUGGAAGUGGUUUCAUUGCUUCGCAUAUCACAGAAGCACUUCUUCGUAGUCGGUAUAAUGUCGUUGUGACUGUACGAUCAGAGGAGAAGGGCCACAAGUUGAAGAAGUGCUAUGAAUCAGAUGGCAAUGCAGCACGUUUUGACUUCGUGGUCGUCAACAACAUAAUUGAAGAUUCCGCUUUUGACGAGGCCGCCAGGGCCCGACAAUUCCAUUAUGUGAUCCAUACAGCCUGUCCCUACCAUUUCAAUAUCCAGGACCCUUUGAAGGACUUCUUGGAACCUGCUGUAAGAGGCACGGUAGGAAUCCUCCAUUCGGUGCGCAAUCAUGCACCCACUGUUAAACGUGUGAUCUUACUUUCGUCUUCCGCGACGAUACUGAAUCCUUCCAAUCACUCCAAGGUAUAUGAUGAGACUAUGCACGGCACUACGUCUUGGAAAGAGGCCAUGGACCCGCGGCUGGCAUACCGAGCGAGCAAGAUAUACGCAGAGAGCGCAGCCUUUGACUUCAUAUCGAUCGAAAAGCCGACCUUUGAUCUCGUUGUGCUCAACCCGCCUCUAGUGUUUGGCGCGGCACCCAAACACAUUGUCAGCCCGGAAGACCUCAACACGUCAAACGAGCGCAUCCGCGACAUGGUCAUGGGCUGCUUUCGCGAGACACUACCACCAACUGGGCCUGUAUACCUCUUUGCAGACGUACGUGACGUAGCUGAGGCACACGUGAAGGCGCUCGAGGCGGGUGCCGAGGCCGGGGGGCAACGUUUUUUCAUCGUGGGUGGACAUUUCUCGAACAAGCGUCUCGCGGAUGCAGUGCGAGCCUGCCGCCCUGAGUUAGGGCGUGUAUUGCCUGACGUGAAUCAGGCUGAGGAUGACAUGCCAAAGGAUGUAUAUGGGUUUGACAAUUCCAAGUCGCGGGAGGUGUUGGGAUUGCAGUAUACGGGAUUAGAGGUCUGCGUUAGGGAUACCGUGGAGUCUAUUUUGGCGAUUCAGAAUACUGGCGAUGGUUUUCCUUGA